AUGAAGGCUCUCUUGGUCGAUGACUGGGAGAACGUCACCAAGAACCAGCAGCUGGUGCCCCUGCCCCACGCUCAUCCCGUCAACGAGAUUCUGGACGACUAUCUCGCCUACGAGCGCCCUCACCGUGAGGAGGGUUCAUCUGCCUAUGACAUCUUGGACGAGACUGUUUCGGGUCUCCGCGAGUACUUUGAUCGCUGCUUGGGCCGCAUUCUGCUCUACAGAUUCGAGCGUGGCCAAUACCAUGAGAUGCACCAGUUGUGGAACUCAUCCGACCCCAACCACACUUGUGCCAGCGACACCUACGGUGCUGAGCACCUGACUCGUCUCCUUGUCUCGCUUCCCGAGCUUAUCGCGCAGACCAACAUGGAUCAGCAGUCCGUCAACCGCCUCCGCGACGAGCUGGAGACGUUCACAAAGUGGUUCUCCCGUCAGCAUUCUCGCUACUUCGUCAACGAGUACGAGCAGCCCGGCAAUGACUACGUGGAUGCGGCGAAGAGCACUUAG